AUGGCCAAAAAACAUUUAGAUCUAAAGAACGUGACUUGGCUUUUUUUUCCCUCUUAUCCUUGUGUUACAGUCUGCCGCGCGUCUCUGGCUGUUGAGGAGCUUGGCCUUAGAGUGAUUCCAGGUCUCAGUGACUAUGACUUUAUACAGAGUCCCGCGAAUUGCAUCACCAGCGAUUUCAAUUGCUAUCAGCAGGUGAGAAGAUCUUACAAAGAGCUCCUUCAAAAGGGCUUUUUGCAACAAGGUAGAUAUCAUCCCGCUCUGCACGAGAUCAUUGUCAUCAACGAGCCUGAUCUUAAACUGCCUGGCAUCCAUGAGCCUCAUAGCUUUUGCCGCGGUAUCUUGAGUGCUGUGGAUGCUAUGUUGGAUGCUGAGAAGGAUAUGAACCUUACGGGGCCAGGAAUUAAUUUCACUGUGGCGUUUUCCUUUGCCGUUUGUACAGGAUGCCCUGAGUUUUCGUCCAAACCUGCCCUUGGCCAAAUGGCAAUCCUCCGGGCUGCUUUCCGAAAUCCAGAACUGGUGGGCUACAGCCCAAAGAACAACAUGACGAAGUUUUACACUGAGAGGUUCCACAACAGCUUCAACACGGCAAAUCCUGCCGCACAUCUCCCAGACAUGUUCCUCACAGGGUACCAGCAAGAGUUUCCUCACACUCCUGUGAUGAUCCAGGAGUAUCACAAUCCACAUGGCGAGGUGAAGAAGGAUCUCAUGGAGAUGUUGCAAAUUGUGCAAGAUUUCCCGCUGCUGAACGGCCUUUCAUUCUUCGAGUUCCACAAGCGCUACGACAAAGGUGGAACUGAGCUGGACUUUGGCAUGUUCCAGCUUGGGGACUUCUCAGUGACUAACUUUGACUACUUUGGUGACAUCUUCCAAGCCUGGUGCCUGGUGCCUGCCAAGUCCAAGACUGGCGAGCUGCUCCCAGAAGCCCUUGCGACAGCCUACGGUGGCAUGCACAUGGACUAUGCAGAAUUCUGUGUUCCAGACCCUCGAAAGGUGAGCCUUACAGCCGAGGGCUACAUCAGCAUCGCUCAGCAAGAUCGGCCAGAGAAACUGCGAGUAUUUGUGGAACGCGUGAUCUCCCACUUGGGUGGGAAGGUGUCUGACACGACUGAAUUGAACCGUUUUGCAAGAUCCUUUGAUCGUCGUAUCCGUGGGACUGCUGUCGGACAACCAGAUCAUUUUCGGCCAUUUGGGACGAUGAUUUCCGAGCUGCAGCAGAAGCCCAGCUGGACCAGUUGGACGGACACGGGGGCCAGCUGUAUUGCUGAUCGGGACUCCCACGCGCCUGCAGUGGGAAGUGCUGUAGGCGAUGCCUGCCGCCAAUUGCAAGACUUUCAAUGCCAUGAAGUGCCUGAGGAAUGCAAAUCAAACAUUUGGGAUGUAGCGGACUAUGUCUUUGGUGUGUACUAUGCCCAGCGUGGUGGUAACUUGCCCCUGGAGCAUUGCUACUUCAAUGGCCCCAGUGCUCAGAGCAUUGGCAUGGGAAAGAGCACUGCAAGAGAUGAGUCACAGCUUUCACAGGCAGAGUUUGAGCAGACCCAGAAGACUACACUUCCGCAGCAUCCUUUGCUCACAACCUUUGUGUGCCGAUUUACUUUGCGAAGAAGCGGACUCUUCCACUCGCCGUCAUGUUCGGAUACCCUGGCACUAUUGGACAGACAUCCACCGGAGGCACCAGCUUUGAGUGCCGCUUUCUCCCUGGCGCCCGCCCGCAGCGAAGGUCGUUCUGAGGGCUUCAGCUAUUGCCCUGGAGAGACGUUGAAGAUGACCGCUGCUUUGCAAUUCGAUCAGCCUCUCUAUUGGAGUGAUUCGAGUGCGGAGGCGAUCCGUCCUCCACCGGGCCUGGCGCCAGCAGCUGGUGCCAAGGAGCCAGAGACAGAGAAUCGUUCAGAUGCGGAGAAUGCACCACACAGCAGUAGUGCUAGCACUGCUGACACAGAAAAUGUGGCUGUAGGGCUGCCUUUGGUAAAUGCAACACCAAGCGCAGAGCUGCCAACGCGUGGCUCGGCAGGGCAUGGACUCGGAGCUUGCAAGCCUUGUGCCUUCUUCUACAAGGAUGGAUGCCAAAGUGGCUUCGAGUGUGCUUUCUGCCACCUUUGCCCACCAGGGGAGAAGAUCCGCCGCAAGAAGGACCUGAAACAGCGAAGGAAGUUGAACAAGAAGCAGUAG